AUGCUUGACGUUGUUCAAAUACCGAUCCGCAGCGUUUCAUCAUCCCACACGAUCAAAACAUUAUCGAGUUGUACAACGACUACAAUAUUUCUCGUGAUGGCCCUGCUCAUCUUGUGGAUACCCUCCUAUUCGGAGAACAUGGUACAUGCUGCUUUCAAUUUUUCCUCCAGUGAGCCACAAAUUGAAUUUGCCAAGUGGAGUACCGAUGUGCCAGUAUUUGAGCUCGGAUCUAAACUUGAUGUUACGUUUUCAGUAUUUGCUCAAAAGCCUGCAGAGUUUUUAAUUUCCUUGUUAUCCCAAGGUGCGGAUGGUGGAAGGCCGAGACCUUAUUCUCUAUCGGACGCUAAAUUUUCAUACUUGAAUGAUGUGGCUGGACAAGUUGUGAACAAAACAUUGCAAAUUAGUUUACCUUUUGAAGUAGUGGAAAUGGAAGGAAACUUUUAUAUUGUUUUUACGACUACGAACACGGUGGAUAACAAGGAAAUUCAGUUCAAAUCAGAGCCAUUCAAACUCUCGGUGUCCAACAUUUCCAUUUCGUGGCCAACCAUUGUAUUGAUUCUGUUUUUCCCACCUGCUUUAAUUUUGGUUGCAGUCAUUGGUGCAUUUGUGAUGUGUAGAAGACAUAAAACCAUCACGCAGCAAGAAAAUCAAGAACUACAGGAGGAGUACCAACAACAAUAUGAUGACGAUGAUGUUGACAUUCAUUUUGAUCAUGAUGAUGACGAUGACGAAGUUCAACGACCUAACAAACCAAACAGAAACAAUGACAACGAACCUCGUGUGGCAUUUGUUUUAGAGGAUGAUGAUGAUGACGACCAUCAACGAAGAAAUGCACACAUUGAUGAUGAUGACAAUGUCGAAAAACGAGGCAAUUUCUAUUACACGAGAAACGUUUAA